AUGGAUUCAAUUCAAGAUUUUAUGGACUCAUGUAACUCUGACAACAAUUGCAGCCUCACCAACAGCACCAUCACCACCAACAACACCACCAACAACAUCAACAACAACAACGCCUUAAUCUGCAGCUCUUCCCCUUCUGGUUCUACAACCACCAGCAGCCGCUAUGAGAACCAGAAACGCCGUGACUGGAACACCUUUGGACAGUACCUCAAGAAUCACCGCCCUCCUCUCUCCCUCUCCAGAUGCAGCGGUGCACAUGUUCUUGAAUUUCUCCGGUACUUGGAUCAAUUCGGCAAAACAAAAGUGCACACACCAAUUUGUCCAUUCUAUGGACACCCUAACCCACCAGCACCAUGUCCAUGUCCGUUAAGACAAGCUUGGGGAAGCCUUGAUGCACUGAUAGGUCGUUUAAGAGCAGCUUUUGAAGAAAAUGGAGGAAAACCUGAUACAAAUCCAUUUGGUGCAAGAGCUGUUAGGCUUUACCUUCGUGAAGUUCGUGAUCUUCAAUCCAAAGCAAGAGGUAUUAGCUAUGAGAAAAAGAAAAGAAAACGACCACCACCGCAACAACAGCAUCAGCAGCAACAACAACAUCAACAGCUUCAACAAUUACCAAUGCAAUUGCCUCUUCAUCUUUGUCACCAUCAACAUCAGCUUCCACCUCCAGGUGCAACUCAAUAA